GGCAACUCACGCGCUACAUUUUAUAUUCUUAUUUUUGAAUAUAUAUUUUUUACAUAAAUAUAUAAAAUUAAAACAAUAAACGAAAUUUAAAUAAUAUUCUGUGUUGUGAAGAUAAAGCCAGUGUAUUACUUUAACACAGUGAGUAGGUACGAGUACCUACCUAUUGUUUCCUGUCUAAGGUGAUAAAAUGUUUUAUAUAAGGAGCGUCUACUCAGAUGUAUUUAGUACUCAAGAUUAAGAGAGAACAAACACAAUUGACACUAUUUCGAUACAAAUGGAUAAUAAAUAAAUAAGAAGUAGAACAAUAAGUAAAUAAAGGAAUCAAGAUGGUGCAGAAAGUACUGCCAAAGAUGACCCACAGCCAGCAACAACCACAGAAAGAGGACGUUUUCUCCAAAUUGAUAGGAGAUUUCGGCCGAUGGCAGCUGCUAGUAUUCUGUACAGUGUUCCUGAUCAAGCUGCCCACAGGAUGGGUGCAGAUGGCGAUCGUCUUCCUGACUCCAAGACCUGUGUUCUGGUGUGUGCAGUUUGCUAACUCUUCGGCAAUCGGUGCAAAUUCCACGUGUUACGACGACUGCCUGCGGUAUGACUAUGACACGUCUCCCAUGGAAAGUACCGUCGUGUCCGAGUGGGGGCUGAUCUGCGACAGGGCCUGGCUCGCCAGCUUCACGCAGACCAUCCUGCAGCUUGGAGUGCUGGUCGGCAGUGUCAUAUUCGGAUUCCUAGCUGACAGAUAUGGUCGCAAGCACACGUUCCUCCUGGCUGUGGUGUCCCUCAUCUGCCUCGGUCUGGGCGUGCCGUUCUCCCCAGACUACGUGACCUUCACCGUGCUGCGGUUCUUCCUCGGAGUCGCCACCGCCGGCACCAUGGUUGUCUCCUUCGUCAUCGUCAUGGAGGCUAUAGGACCCAGAUACCGCGAAUUAUUCGGAUGUUUUUUCCACCUGCCAUUUAUAAUGGGCCACCUGCUGGUCCCACUAGUGGCGUUCUACUGGCGCUCGUGGGAUAGCUUCCUGCUGGUGCUUGGCGUCUCCAACGUGCUCUUCCUCGGCUACUUCUUCGUGCUGGUCGAGUCUCCGCGGUGGCUACUCAGCGUCCACCGCGUUGAAGAAGCCGCCAACAUCGUUACUACUGCUGCAAACAUGAACAAGCUACCUACAGUGAACAUCCACGAGACCUUAUCAAAACUAGCUCUAGACUCGAGAACAGUCGACCAGCCGCGGCUGAACUACUGGGCGCUACUGCGGCCCGAGCUGCGCGUGCGCACCGCCUGCUCCGUGGUCCUCUGGCUGGUCACCGGACACACCUACUUCGGCUUCAACCAGUACAUCGGUCAGACCAGCCCGGAUCCCUUCCUCAGCGUCGCUGUCACCGCUCUCGUCCAGGUGCCAGCAAACUUCCUGGCAAUAUGGAUGGUGAGGCAGCUGGGGCGGAAGAUCACCGCUAUGUCCAGCCUGCUGAUCUGCGGUGCGAGCAUCGUAGCACUGGGCGUUGUGCCCCAGCUGGCCUGGCUCACGCAGACCCUCGCUGCCAUCGGCAACGGCUUUGCCUCCGUUGCAGCCACCUGCAUCUACAUCUACUCCUCAGAACUCUUCCCUACCGUCGUCAGGAACAUGGGCGUAGGCGUCUCCUCCACUGCGAUGAGGGUAGGCUCCAUGAUAGCCCCGUUCGUCGCCAGUUUAAGCAGCACGGCGUACUGGCUACCUACUGCCAUAUUUGGGGUGACUCCAAUUCUAGCUGGACUAGUCGUGGUGCUACUGCCUGAGACUAAAGGUCGAAAGCUGCCGGACAGUAUUGAAGAAGUUAGAGAAGAAAAAGAUAUGAAACAAGUCAUGAAGUAGGAUAGGUACUCGAAAGGUAUUAAUUGAUUUAAUAUUUUAGUUAAAAUUACUAUUUAAUGAGUAAUAUCAUUAAGUACUGAGAUAUUAAUAUGCUAGGCACCAUAUUAUGCAAUGUUACUCUAUAAAUUAAGGUAAGUAUUUGUGAGAAGAAUCAAUUAGCGGUGGAUAGAUGAACACUAAAACAGGAGAGGGAAAUAGGUAAUUAUGAUGAUAAUAAGGGUUACUGUGUUUUUAGUGAUUAAGUUUCAAGUCGGUAGGUACAAACAUAAUCUAUUUUUUCACUGGUCAAACAAAACGUUACCUACUCAGUCGACCUUGUUUUUAAUAUAUUCAUAAUUAAAUAUACUAUUGGUUAGUAGGAAUGUAACUCCGUAAAAGUGACAAAAUAUCUAAUGGAAAUUGAUUUUAAGUAAAGUUUUGAAACAAUAUUCACAGUGGGCAAUAUAAUUAAAACACAUAUUUUAAUAAAUAUUAUGUAUGCUAUUUUAAUAACUAAA